AUGUCACCCUUCGCCCCUCCCACCCUCAACGAGUUUAGUCUAUGUCCAAGAAAACGAACCUUUUUGCCAGUGAAACGCAAUCCAAAUGGAAGUGAACUGAAAGAAGGCAGUCUGGGUGGCAGGUCUACGCUAUGGCAACAAGGAGGGAUGGGUCACCUAAGCAGACGCGGCAGCAACUUUCCUCAACAAACAUCGCUGCGACAUCCGCGAAACAAGAUGGCUCCAAGAGUCACGAUAUAUUACUCCUCCGUGUCGGGGGCUCUGCAGGUGAAGAAACAGCAAACUCGGGUUCAGGACAUUCUCGCGGCACGGAAAGUUGAGUACGAAAUGGUGGACGUUGCAGCGGAUGAGGAUGCGAAAGAUUACAUGUAUAGAAAAAGUGGAAAAAACACACUGCCACAGAUAUUUGUAGAUGGGGAAUAUAAAGGGGGACAUGACGAACUGGAUGAGGCGAAUGAAAUUGGGGAGGUGCCGCAAUGGUUGGGUUUGGCAUGAGCUCGAGGAAAUUGUAAAAUAAAGGCAAACUCAUACCAAGCCAUAACUCCUGUCGCGUCCGGCAUCUCCUAUUGAAGGGACUGGCGCCGACCUCUUGGAUAGCGCCAUUCAGCAGGAUGUCAGAAAUGCAGAGUCAUUCUCCUGCGAAGCCAUCGUCAUGGUGUGAUGCCAGUCAUUUUAUAAACGAUAGGAUACAUUUCUGGUGUACAUGGCUAACUGAGCACUAUCGAUCGCACGUAGGGAUGCAUUGGACAAAUUCUUAAUCCCAUUCUUUCU